AUGGGCCCGCCUACACACGUGAUUUUUGAGGCUAUAAAAGCCGCAUUCGACAGAAACUCUGAACAUCUGUCGUCCAACGCAGACAGUAAAGAAAAGGCGCGGAAGUUGCUUACGAGGAUGGUGAACAUAUUAAGUACUAAGAUGGAACUCGGAUCUCCCUUUAUAUGCGCGCAUUUACUCGGCAAUCCUGAUCACUAUUCGUCGCAUCACUUCAAACCGUUCUAUUGGCAUUCUUAUUACAUGGAGGUACGAAAGUACUGGCAGGGCGCAGACAACUAUGUUUACAGGCCUGAAGAGCUCGAGCAUAUGAGUUUGUACGACUUCAUGAGACGGUGCAAACGAGUACCUCUUCCUAAAAACAAGGAAGACGUAAACGACAACGACUCGGAUGAAGCCGCCUGCACUCAAACCUCGACCGACAUUUUGGAUGACAUUGACGAGGUUGUUGAUGACCUCGGCGGCAUGAGCGAUGACGAACGGUGCGAUACUGCCGAAAGCGGUCGUUAUUGCGAUGCUAACGAUGCGAUGGACGAAGACGGGGACGUUGUCAUGGAGGACGUUUGCGACGAAGACAUGGACAUGAUGCAUGCAUUCGUGAAAGGGCAUCCGCUGGCGAGUACACAUUGCAUUUGGAUGAACGACAAAGACGACCCUUCGCUGGUACUGAACAUGAUGAGACCACUGCCGCGGAAUGACAAAGGCGAUAGGGAUUACUACACAACGACCAUGCUGACUCUUUUCAAACCGUGGAGGACAGGGGCGGACCUAAAACAACCCGAGCAACCAUGGGAAGAUGCCUACGCUGCUUUCCCAUUUUCCGAUCGUCAGCGAGAGUUGAUGAAAUUUUUCAACUUGCGGUGGGAUUGCUUGGACGCUCGCGACAACUUCCAAAUGAGGAGUAAAUCGGAAGAAACGACAGGAUCGUCGUACGCAAGAUUCGUACCAGAUGACUACGAGGUCGCUGAGGACGAGAAUCAUAUAGAAUUGGCGUUUCCUUCCAGCGACGAUAUUCUCACGAACAAGGCGUACAAGACAAAGAAGGAAACAUACGACGACAUCCAGGACUACAUGAAACAUCAUAGAUGGACUGAUGCUUUAAACCAAAAGAUAGACGUCACUGAAUGGACCAUAUCCAUACGCAAGACGUUCUCGGAGUGGAAAAAUAUUGUGGGAAACAUGAGACGGUACGCUCUAGAGAAAGCGAAAGCCGACAAAAGAAGCGCGGAAGUGAACGUUCCUGUCAGGACCCGCUUCAUUCCUCGCCUAUCUUAUCUACCGUUACCUACCACAUGGCUCCCACAUGGACGCUGGCCGCAUAGCGCGCCUCUACUACACGAGGCCCCUUAG